AAGGUUUCCUCAGUAAGAACAACCUUAUGGAUUUCCUUGGCUGCUGCUAGCCGUUUCAUAGGGAGUUUGGUGUAGAAGUCUAUUUUACCUCACACCUUCGAAGAACCACCCUAAUUUGUUGGCAAAGAUUAACACUGCCUCUAAGUACAAUUAAAUCCCCAUAUUAUUGAUACCUACAAACUGAUGCUUUUUCCUUGUCUAUCUCCAUGGUUGCUUGAUUAGUCACGCUUGAACUGAUAUAUGUAUUACCAAAAAAUAUUAUUUCUUAAUUUACUGAUAACUUAUUUUCCUCAUGGAGUCGAUGGACAAUGUUGAGGAUAUUUCCAUAGGUAUGUGUCUCGAUAGCAAUGGUUUUGCACACAACACUAAAUAGUUUUAGCUUCAAGAAUACUUUUAAUAUGUUGGCCUCUAUACGCAAUAUCUGGAAUAUUAAUAAUGCUGAGAUUGAUCGCUAAGAUGAAGAUCCAUAUCCCAUUUGCUUUGGAGGAUCUUCUGGUUAUACUUGCUAUGGUGUGUGUCAAUUAUAUUCUUCUAGUCAUUCACUGACAUCUCAAAAAGAUUUUUGGAAUCUGUCAUAUAUCACUCAAUACUUGGGGAAUAGGCUUCGGAAUAGGAAGGCAUGUUAUGUUCCUCACUGAAUCCCAAACUGCGAUGGCUUUGAAAGCCGAAUUUAUCAGUCAACCUUUUGGUGAGUUUGUCAAAGAUAAACAAUUUGAUCUAUGACUAAGUUACCGCAGGUGUAAUAUCACCAACACUCGGCAGGAUAUCAUUCGCUGUUCACCUUACACGAUUGCUAGGACACAGUCAGAAUAUUAGACGAUUUCUCUAUUUUCUCAUUGCUCAAAACGCCUUGAUAAAUUUUCUGGCACUCAUACUCAUCUUCUUUCAAUGUUCCAACAUCUCGUACAAUUGGGAUCGUGUUGGACAUAAAGACCAAUGUUGGAAUGUCAAGACUGAAGCAGCCAUUGGCUAUUUUCAAGGAUCAUCGAGUUCCUUGACGGAUCUCGCUCUCACAAUCCUACCAGUUGCAAUGGUAUUAAAUCUACACAUCCAAUUACAUUUGAAAUUCCUCUUGACAUUCCUACUAGGAGUGAGUCUUUUGUAAGUUUUUGCCUAAAUAUCGAUAUCUUAAAGCUUGGCUGAUAUAUAUUAGCGCUUUCAUCGCUGCUGUCAUUAGAACCUAUUGCACAAUGGGCGAUAACAAAGAUCCUACCUGUGAGUUCAAAACCCCACAUCCUCACAAUAUUCCGCCUAAUCAUAUAACUAGAUAACACAGUAAACUUCAUCGUAUGGUGCGCAGUAGAAAACUGCACCGUAAUCAUAACAUCUUCAAUACCCUUCCUCCGACCUCUUUUCCGACCAGUCCCUAAACCAUACAUUGAAGUAAAACGUCAUCCGAAUCCAGUUAUUUUGCGUCACAAAUCAAUAGAAUAUAGAAAUUCCAUGGAGAUACUCGCAGUAUCUGAAACUAGACAGGUAGAAAUGGAGGAUAAGGAAGAUAAGAAGAGUAUUUUUCAGGUCGAAAUUCAUUCGCUUGUGUAGAUGGGAAUUGGAUUGUGGGAAUUAAGAAGGAGUUUUCUGGGGGGACAUAUGAUUAGAUGAUUUACGAUUGGAUUGGAGCUGCGCUGGCCGGGAGUUGAUGGAGUUUGGCGUAAGGUUGUUUUUGUCUAUCGGCGGAGUGGAGUUCUCGACAUACUGUACGCCAGGUAGUGUCCAUUGCUGUUUGAAAGUUUUGGAGGUACAUGGUCAGUUUUUCUUACUCCAGAUGAUUCCUUGAUAUCUAGACUCUUCCGCAACAUGGAGAGUACUAUUUCAUCAGUCCACCAGCGGUUUCUGGAGGUGGAAAUUCGCAA